AUGGCUGAAGCUAAAUUAAAAUCAAAAUUAAAGGUUUUAACUUCGAAAAAGCAAACCCUUUUCAAAAGAGUACAGUUAUUAUUUGAUAAAAGUCAAAACAUUGCGGAUGAGACAAUUGUGAAUGAUUUUCUUAUCAGAUAUUCGACUUUGAACGAGACCUGUAAUGAGUUUAAGCUCCUAGUUGAUGAUAUAAAUUUAAUAAAUUUAGAGAUAGAUCCUGAAUUUGAGCCAAAUUGUCAAGAAUUAAACGUGAUAGAUGAAUUGUUUUGUCACAUUAAAUCCGUAGCUGAUUCUCUUAAGGUGAAAAAAUCCGAGCAAGUAAAUGAAUCGGUGAAAUCGAUUGGGGAUAUAGUCUCUCCUAGGCUACCUAAAAUUACGAUUCCAUCGUUUGAUGGCAACCCGUUAAGAUGGCCUAUAUUUUAUGCUACUUUCAAAUCAUUGGUGCAUGAAAACAUAAAAUUGGAUAGUAUUUCCAAAUUACAUUAUUUAUUAGGAAGUUUAACUCACAAUGCACUCGCUUUAUGUAGUGGGGUACCUCCUACACCUGAAAAUUAUUCAAUUAUGUGGGAUUCAUUAAUUGAUAAAUAUGAAGAUUCACGGCAGAUAGCCUUUAUGUAUUUGGAUCAAAUUUUGAAAUUCAAACCUUUUUUAGUGGAAAGUGGUCAAAAUUUAAACUUAUUUGUUGAAAAAUUUGAUAGUGCCGUUAACGCUCUAAAGGAAGUAAAGGUGGGAGAGUUAUCCGAUUUUAUUUUAAUGACAAUUGCUUUACAAAAAUUGGAUGUGCAUACACAGAAGUUAUUUGAACAGUCAUUGGCUAAAGGGGUCAUUCCCACUUAUAAUGAACUUUCCGUUUUUAUCAAAACCCAAUCGAAAAUACUGAGUCGAACUAGUGGUUCAGCUAAUUCCAGUAAGCAAGCAAAUUCUAAGGCGGUGAUGCAUUCAUUUGCUAUUAGUGCCGAUUCAAAUUCAUCCGAUGUUAUGAGUAAUAAUACGUAUGAGAAAUUAAUUUGUCCAAAAUGUAAGGGAAAUCAUAGAUUAUUCAAGUGUCAUAAAUUUAUGUCUUUAACGCCUACGGAACGAGUCCAUGUGGUUAAAGCACAUAAUUUAUGUUUCAACUGUUUGCAUUCCAAUCACGGUGUAAAGAAUUGUAGUUCAAACUCGAGCUGUCGUAAAUGUUCAAAACGCCAUCAUACGCUUUUACAUUUUCAUCAUAAGUCAGAUGCCAAUGGUAAAGAUAAUUCAGAAGUUUUAAAGGGUAAUCCCUCCACAUCGAGUGUGUCAGUUGAAUCCAAGCCAUCUCCUCCGGUGAGUUUGUGUUCGACAUCAGAAUUAGUGCAAUCGAAAUAUACUGUAUUAUUGGCUACAGCUCAAGUACAUGUUGUAUCUCAUUUUGGAGAAAAUUUUUUAUUUAGAUUUUUGAUUGACAGUGCAAGUCAAUGCAAUUUCAUAACUCAGAGGUGUUGUCAAAGACUCAAGUUACCAGUGAAUCGAGCGUGUCUGACCGUGUCAGGAAUUGGUGUUUCCGAAAAACGCGUCAACGGACAAGCUCAAUUAAAAUUUUAUAGUAAAUAUGAUAUUCACAAUAAAUACACGAUGAAUGUUUUAAUAGUUGAUAAAAUUACGGAUCAGUUGCCAACCUGUGUGAUUGAUAGUGAAGUGUGUGAUACAUUUAAAAAUUUGCGUUUGGCAGAUGAUGAAUUUUAUCGACCGAGUGAGAUUGAUGGAAUGAUAGGCGCCGAGUUAGUGCCCUACAUUCUGAAGGGACUUCGAAUCACAGGUCGGGAUUCGCCAGUCGCCCUUGAUUCGACGUUAGGUUUCAUUAUUAUGGGUAAAGCGAAAGCUGAAGUUACUAAUAACAUUAUUCAAUCUUAUUGUUGUGUUAACUCCCCCCUUAAUAUGGAUCAACUCAUCCAACAAUUUUGGGAUAUAGAGGAAGUGCCAAACGGUACCGUGUUAAACGCAGACGAUUUAGAGUGCGAAAAAUUAUUUGCUGCGUCUGUUAAGCGAGACGUAAGUGGUCGAUAUGAGGUAGCUUUACCAUUUAGAAAGAUUUUUUCUGAUUUCGGAGACUCUUAUACUUCUGCUUUAAGACGAUUCCAAAACUUAGAAAAACGAUUCGCCUCUAUGCCUUUGUUUAAAAAACAAUAUAUGGAAGUUAUACGUGACUAUUUCGACCAAGGUCAUCUGAAGACCAUAAGUGGUCUACAUCCUAAAUCAUGUGGCUACUUUAUUCCUCAUCACGGGGUUUUUAAGGCUAGCUCCAGUUCUACACCAUUACGAGUGGUUUUCGAUGCGUCCGCGAAAACCGAUAAUGGAAUAUCUUUAAACGAUGUUUUAUAUACCGGUCCGAAAUUACAAACUGAUAUUUUUGACAUUCUACUUAAUUUUCGUUUAUUUCAAUUUGCUAUGACAUCAGAUGUGAAACAGAUGUAUAGACAAAUUGAAUUGUGUCCUCCUCAUCAAAAAUAUCAAUGUAUUUUGUGGAGGUUUUCUGAUGAAGAACCUAUUCAAAUUUGCCAAUUAACCACGGUUGCCUUUGGGGUUAAGAGUUCUCCCUACUUAGCUUUACGCACUUUACGCCAAUUAGCUGACGAUGAAGCGAAAAAAUUUCCUUUAGCGUCCGAGAUAAUAUUACGUGAUAUCUAUAUCGAUGACAUAAUUUGUUCUGUGGCCGAAAAGUCGAUCGCGCACAACAUUUAUCGUGAAUUAGUCGGUUUAUUCCAAGCAGGAGGCAUGGAACUAGUAAAAUGGGCGACUAAUUUACGUGAGUUAUCUGAUGAAAUUCCUGAUCAUGCUCGUUCAAAUCAAAUUUUGGAAUUCCCUACGGAGUUUUUGAGGGUGCUUGGCUUGCAGUGGCAAGCAAAUAGCGACGUUCUAAGCUUUUCUAUUAGUGUUGAAAAUUUAGAAUGUACAAAAAGAAAUAUUUUGAAAACUGUAAUGCGUAUCUGGGACCCUUUAGGUUUGCUUGUUCCGGUAUCUUUACAUAUGAAAUUACUAAUUCAAGAAUUGUGGCUACUCAAACUUGACUGGGAUGAACCUAUUCCAAAUUAUUUACAAAAUAUUUGGAAAGUCUUUCAAAAUGAGUUAAACGACUUAAGUCAAAUAAAAAUUCCACGUCAUAUUGGAUUUAAAACGGGUUCUUCGCUAGAAUUGUUGGCAUUUUGCGAUGCAUCGUCUAAAGCAUAUGCCGCAGUUAUAUAUUCCAGGAUUAUAGAUCCGGACCGUCACAUACAACUUCAUAUAUUAUGUGCUAAAUCCAAAGUGGCUCCAGUUAAAACAAUUUUAACUAUCCCUCGUUUAGAGUUAUGUGCGACAUUAUUAUUAGCAAAACUUUUGAAGUGUGUUAUUGCCCAAUAUUCGAAUCGAGUGAAUAUUACUAAUGUGUUUGCGUUUUCCGAUUCAAUGGUAGUGCUUAAUUGGAUCAAUGGUUUCCCCCAUAAGUGGAAGACUUUUGUAGCUAACCGUGUAUCAAAAAUUCAAUCGUUAAUUGAUGUGUCGUCGUGGUAUCAUAUUUCUAGUAGCGAUAAUCCAGCGGAUUGUGCGUCUCGAGGAUUAUCACCGAAAGAAUUUCUUGAACAUCCGUUGUGGUUGAGUGGACCAUCAUGGUGUUCACGUGAUAGGUCAGAGUGGCCUCUAAAACCCUUUACAAAAAAUAUUGAGCAAGAAGUUGUCUGUGAGGCUAAGACAAUUUCGUUACCCGUUUUCGAAGAGGAAGAGCAUCCUCUUUAUUCAUUAAUUAAUCGUUGCGGUUCUUGGUUAAAAUUAAUACGAUCAACCGUAUUUGUGUUGCGAUUCGCUAGAAUAUUGCCAAAACGGGAAAAUAUUAUAGCUACAGAUUUAACCAAAGCCGAGAAUUACUUAAUUUCUAGUGUUCAACGUGUUCAUUUUCGAGAAGAGUUUCGUUUAUUGAAGAAUGACAAACUGUGUUCUCCGAAAAUACGCUUUCUGAAUCCUUUCAUACAGGAUAACAUUAUUCGGGUAGGAGGUCGUUUAGUCAAUGCGGUGAUUGCUUACGACCAACAACAUCCCAUGCUACUCCCCAAAAGAGAUCAUUUUGUUGAUUUAUUAAUCGAUUAUAAUCAUCGAUUCAAUUUACAUGCCGGACCUCAUUUAUUAUUGUCCAUAUUGCGUCAAAAAUAUUGGAUUUUAGCCGCGAGAGGAACGGUCCGUUUUCGUGUACAAAAGUGUAAUACUUGUUUUAAAACUAAACCGCGUUCACACGCACCAAUUAUGGCUGAUUUACCCAGUGUCAGAGUAUCUCAAGCUAAGGCAUUUACUUAUACCGGUGUCGAUUAUGGUGGUCCAUUCUAUAUAACGUUAAGUAGGCAUCGUGGAGUACGAUCCCAAAAGGCUUACAUCUGUCUUUUUACAUGUUUGACAACCCGAGCGGUUCAUUUAGAAUUGGCAUCAGAUUUAAGUACGGAUGUUUUUUUAGCUGCGUUCAAGCGUUUUCUAUCUAGACGUGGGCCGUGUUCUACAAUUUAUUCUGACUCAGGUACAAAUUUUAUUGGUGCUAAACGAUAUUUAAAUGAGUUGUAUGAAUUUGUUCAAUCUAAUCUCUACCAAUCAGCUAUAAAUUCAGAGUUGUCUUGUCGACGUAUCAUUUGGCGAUUGAAUCCACCCACUGGGAGCCAUUUCGGAGGAGCUUGGGAGAGUAUGAUAAAAUCAGUUAAGACUCACUUAACUAGAGUUAUUGGGGAGCAAAUUUUAUCAUAUGAGGAAUUUUCAACCGUGCUUAUACAAAUUGAAGCCUUGUUAAAUUCACGCCCAUUAGUCUGGCAAUCUUCAGAUGCGGCCGAGGGUUUGCCGUUAACCCCGGCUCAUUUUUUAACGUUAACCCCUUUACAAAGUUUACCCGCAUAUAAUGUACUUGAUAAGCCACUAAAUAAGUUACAAAGAAAGGAAUUGCUUGAUAGUUUGGUCCAAUCGUAUUGGAAACGAUGGCACCAAGAAUAUUUAGGCGAGUUACAAACGCGACAAAAAUGGAAUACUCCAACCUGUCCUGUAACUCCGGGUACUUUAGUUUUAAUUAAAAACGAUAAUUUACCGCCACUUCAAUGGCUUACCGGUGUAAUAGAAGAGAACCAAACCAGAUAUUUAGAACCAAAAUUAACAGAUAAUGAAUUUAUUGCUACAAUAUUAUUACAUUUUAAACCCGAUUUAGCUAUUUUAUUAAAACCAUCGUCUCACAAUAUUACAUUGUUUCUAGAACAAUUAACUUUUAUGGACGAAACAUAUUUAAAUUUUAGAAAUAAUUUUAAUGCAAAUAGUACAAAUAAUGCUAGAUGCAAUUUUAAUAAUGACCGUUUAGAUAGUUCAUUAAGGCCAAAUAUUGAUAACUAUCAAAAUAAAAAAGAAAUUCCUGUUGUAAUGAGUAUAAAAGCAGAAGAUGACGGUAGUAAUGUCAUUAUUCAUGAAACACAUAAUUUAAACUAA